GGAGCGUCCUCUCGCCCUUUCCUUCCCCUUUUCCUUCCCUCCUUCGACCAAAGGACUCGCAGCAGAGAACGGCAUCAUGGCAUCGCUGCUGACCAAGCUUGGCUGGCUGGGUACCGGUCUGGCCGCAACUGGCGUUGUCGUCGAAACCGCCCUUUUCAACGUGGACGGUGGUCACCGCGGUGUGAUCUUCGACCAGUUUCGUGGUGUGAGCGACUUUGUUCGUGGUGAGGGUACCCACUUUAUGAUCCCCUGGGUCCAGACCCCCGUCAUCUAUGACGUUCGUAGCCAGCCCCGCAACAUUCCCGUCGUCACCCCCUCCAAGGACUUGCAGAACGUCAACAUCACUCUCCGUAUCCUCUACCGCCCCGAAAUUCCUGCUUUGCCCUGGAUUCACAAGAACUACGGCCCCGACUAUGACGAGCGUAUUCUCCCCUCCAUUGGUCACGAAGUGCUCAAGGCCGUGGUGGCCCAGCACGAUGCCGCAGAGCUCAUCACCCAGCGUGAGAUUGUUUCGAUGAAGUGCCGCGAGGCUCUCAACGCCCGUGCUGGUGACUUCCACGUCAUUCUCGACGAUAUCAGCAUCACCCACCUGACCUUCGGCCAAGAGUUUACUCAAGCCGUCGAGAUGAAGCAAGUGGCCCAGCAGGAGGCUGAGCGCGCCCGCUUCCUUGUCGAACGUGCCGAGCAGGAGAAGAUUGCCAACGUCAUCCGCGCCGAGGGUGAUUCCAAGGCCGCCGAGCUCAUUAGCCAGGCCCUUGUCGAGCACGGCACCGGUCUCAUUGAGCUGCGUAAGAUUGAUGCUGCCAAGGACAUUGCCGCCACCAUGUCCCGAUCGCGCAACGUUGCCUACCUUCCCGGUGGCAAGAACAUGCUCUUCAACCUCCAGGCUUAAAUUCUUUGAGCCCCAACCGUUUGAUCAUCAUUUUGCACAUGCAACAUGACAUUGUUCUUUUCUCCUUUGUUCUUUUCCCUUGUGUUUUGUUCCCGUGUCACAUCGCACUUGUCGCGAGGCCAGCCAUCCAUGAUGGGCCCCACAAACGCACUCUACUACGUCCCUUAACAUCCUGUUUCCGAUUCCCCCUCUCUUCUUUUUUUUUCCUUCUUCUUUCCUUUUUUUUUUUCUCACCAAGUAUUCACCACCCAACUGAUCUCAACCUAGCUACCCAAUGCUUCCCUUUUUUUUGCGUUCUGGGACACACGCUUCGCCAUUUGCUUUCACCCUUUCUUUCUCUUCUUUUUUUUUUUUUUUCUCUUGCUGCUCCAAUUGAGACCAAAGCUUG